AUGGUAUUUAUGCGCUCUUUUUCCCGCCAGCUCCGGCGUCCUGCUCCUUCCAUCCUUUCUGCUACGAAGGGAUCAUCUUCUUUGAGACCGACUGGCAGUCCAUUCCGGACCUUUCCUGCGUCUAAUUCUGUUGCUGGUGCACGUACGCUAACCGCCUCUGCGAGCUUACAGGGUAAAGUUUUAAUGGUCCUAUAUGACGGCGGUGAGCAUGCCAAGCAGCAGCCUGGUCUGUUGGGGACCACCGAAAACGAGCUUGGGUUGCGGAAGUGGCUGGAAGACCAGGGCCACACGCUUGUCACCACCUCGGAUAAGGAGGGCGAGAACUCGACCUUUGACAAGGAAUUGGUGGACGCCGAAGUCAUCAUCACCACACCUUUCCAUCCUGGUUAUCUGACGGCCGAGCGCUUGGCUAAGGCCAAGAACCUCAAGAUCGCCAUCACUGCCGGUGUCGGCUCCGACCAUGUCGACUUGAACGCGGCCAACAAGACCAAUGGAGGCAUCACCGUUGCCGAGGUCACGGGCUGCAACGUUGUCUCGGUUGCGGAACACGUUGUGAUGACUAUCCUUACCCUGGUCCGCAACUUUGUCCCUGCCCAUGAGCAGAUCGCCCGCGGGGAGUGGGACGUCGCCGCUGUCGCCAAGAACGAGUACGACCUGGAGAACAAGGUCGUCGGAACCGUCGCCGUGGGCCGUAUUGGCGAGCGGGUGCUGCGCCGCCUGAAGCCGUUCGACUGCAAGGAACUGCUCUACUAUGACUACCAGCCCCUGAGCCCGGAGGUCGAGAAGGAGAUCGGUUGCCGCCGUGUCGAGAACCUCGAGGAGAUGCUCGCUCAGUGUGACGUUGUGACCAUCAACUGCCCAUUGCACGAGAAGACCCGUGGUCUGUUCAAUAAGGAUCUGAUCGCCAAGAUGAAGAAGGGCUCUUGGCUAAUCAACACGGCCCGUGGUGCCAUUGUCGUCAAGGAGGACGUUGCCGAAGCCGUCAAGUCUGGCCACUUGAGAGGUUAUGGAGGUGAUGUCUGGUUCCCGCAGCCCGCUCCUAAAGACCAUCCGCUCCGCUAUGUCCAGGGUCCCUGGGGUGGUGGCAAUGCCAUGGUUCCUCAUAUGUCGGGUACCUCGAUCGACGCUCAGAUCCGCUAUGCCAAUGGCACUAAGGCCAUCCUGGAGAGCUACUUCAGUGGUCGACAUGACUACAAGAAUGAGGAUCUCAUCCUCCACGGAGGUGACUAUGUCACCAAGGCUUAUGGCCAGAGAAACAAGGUGUAA